UGUUUCUCGCUCCUCCCGAGUUACGGUCGUGGUCGCGGCUGCUCCUCCUCUCCCGGGCUUGGGUUUCCCUGGCGCUGCCGCCGCCGCUAGCCCUGCGGGCUGCAUGAGGAGGAGGAGGAGGAGGAGGAGGAUGUGAAGAUGGCGGAGCUGCAGAUGCUGCUGGAAGAGGAAAUCCCGGGGGGCCGCCGGGCCCUCUUCGACAGCUACACGAAUCUGGAGCGGGUGGCCGACUACUGCGAGAACAACUACAUCCAGUCAUCAGAUAAGCAGCGAGCCCUAGAAGAAACCAAAGCCUAUACCACCCAAUCCUUAGCAAGCGUUGCCUAUCUGAUAAACACCUUGGCCAACAAUGUCCUACAGAUGCUGGAUAUCCAGGCAUCCCAGUUACGAAGGAUGGAAUCUUCAAUCAAUCACAUUUCACAAACAGUGGAUAUUCAUAAAGAGAAAGUUGCAAGAAGAGAAAUUGGUAUAUUGACAACCAAUAAAAACACUUCAAGGACACAUAAGAUUAUUGCUCCAGCUAAUCUUGAACGACCAGUUCGUUAUAUUAGAAAACCUAUUGACUAUACAAUUCUAGAUGAUAUUGGGCAUGGAGUAAAGGUGAGUACCCAGAAUAUGAAGAUGGGUGGGCUGCCACGUACAACACCUCCAACUCAGAAGCCUCCCAGCCCCCCAAUGUCAGGGAAAGGGACACUUGGGCGGCACUCCCCCUAUCGCACACUGGAGCCAGUGCGUCCUCCAGUGGUACCAAAUGAUUACGUACCUAGCCCAACCCGUAAUAUGGCUCCCUCGCAGCAGAGCCCUGUGAGGACAGCUUCUGUGAAUCAAAGAAAUCGAACUUACAGCAGCAGUGGGAGUAGUGGAGGAAGCCAUCCAAGCAGUCGGAGCAGCAGUCGAGAGAACAGUGGAAGUGGGAGUGUGGGGGUUCCUAUUGCUGUGCCUACUCCAUCUCCUCCCAGUGUCUUCCCAGGUCAUCCUGUUCAGUUCUACAGCAUGAAUAGGCCUGUCUCUCGUCAUACUCCCCCAACAAUAGGAGGUUCGCUGCCCUAUAGACGCCCUCCUUCCAUAACUUCACAAACUAGCCUUCAGAAUCAGAUGAACGGAGGACCUUUUUAUAGUCAGAAUCCAGUAUCUCUUGCUCCUCCUCCUCCCUCCAUCCUUCAGGUAACUCCUCAGUUACCUUUAAUGGGAUUUGUGGCCAGAGUCCAAGAAAAUAUUUCAGAUACACCACCUCCACCGCCACCUGUGGAAGAGCCAGUCUUUGAUGAAUCUCCUCCUCCCCCUCCCCCUCCAGAAGAUUAUGAGGAGGAGGAGGCAGCUGUGGUUGAGUACAGUGAUCCUUAUGCUGAAGAGGACCCGCCAUGGGCUCCAAGGUCUUACUUGGAAAAAGUUGUGGCAAUAUAUGAUUACACAAAGGACAAGGAAGAUGAGCUGUCCUUUCAGGAAGGAGCCAUUAUUUAUGUCAUCAAGAAGAAUGACGAUGGCUGGUAUGAGGGCGUGAUGAAUGGAGUGACUGGGCUCUUUCCUGGGAAUUACGUUGAGUCCAUCAUGCAUUACUCCGAGUAAAGCUCAGCAGGGCUGGGCUCCCUCCCAGGAAUAGUCAGUCUUCCCAGAUUACCCAGAGGCCCUGGGCAUUUCCUCCAGUGAAACAGAAAGAAGGGUACAAAUGAUAAAAACUACUUUUUUUUAAAUCCCCAGUAUUAAAAACAAAAAGACAAGCCAAAUCUGAACAAAUGCAUCUUUCUGCCAUCAUUUGUACUACGCUGAGCUGUCUGGAUUGAAAUAAAGUGACCAUUUCUGAAUAUGUCAAAAGUAUACCUACAUAUUUAAGUAUGUAGCUAAAACAAAUCAGAUUGACUGAUUCAGAAAAAAAAAAAUCUGGGAUCUUUCUCAGGAAUACUGUAUACUUUUGGAUUCCUCUUCCUAUAGAAUUUGUGACAUUGGAUGUUCUUCACUGUCUGUGCUAAGGGGUUAACCUCAUGGCCCAGUGGAAUCCUAGCUCCUUACUUUUAUCACAAGUAUGAAGAGGAGGGAACCAAUAUUUAAAUACCAUACUUAACUAUUUAAAAAAAUGGUUUCAGAUGGCGUUUUUCCUCUUAAACACUGUAAAUUCUACAUUCUCUCAGCACUUGAGUGUGCCAGACAAGUUAAUACUAAACUCAAUUGCAUCCAUGUCUUUGUAGAUUAUAAGGAUGAUGAAAUGUGAAAGUCUCCAAACAUUCUGAAGGUGGUAAACGGUUGCCAUAGUUUGACUAUAAUGUGCUGCUGCAUAAGACACAUGGCCAUUAAGAGCCGGUGCCCGAUGUGAAAUGUGGUAGGUAGGUUGGUUUGUAUGCUGAGCUUGGGGUGUGAAGCUAGAAAUUAAGGUUCUUAAGGCUCUGAUGGACUGAACUGUAGUGUCCUUGUCUUAGCUACUGUUUCCAAGAUUAUGAUUUUGGAGGUGAAGCCAACUAUUACUAUCCUUUUGCUAUUUAAAAACAACACACACACAUAUAUAUAUGUAUGUAUAUUUACAUAUGUGUAUAUAUAUGUAUGUUUUUUUUAAAGGAAGAGAAUAGCAGUUUGUUACAAUUGUCUUGACAGUCACUGGGAAUGGAAGGCUGUUACUGUGCUCUCUGAAUGUGUUAGCUGCUGCCUAGCAUUAUCUCACUAAGCUCUAUGUAGUAAAGAGCCUGAUUUUGUAUGAUUAAACUCAGAAGUAGCUGCUCUUAAUAAAAAUUUGAACUUUAUAUCUGAAACUAAGAAUAAAAGAGAGUAAGAUUAAUAAGCAGAAAUUCUAAUCUACUUAAAUUGAUAAAAAAAAUAAAUCCGUAUAACUUAGAGAAAAACAGCAGAAAGUUAUUUCUCCCCAUCGGAACAGUGACAGCUUCAAACUGAGUGCAGAUCUGAUGGCUUUAAUAAUCAUUUGUCAUUAGCAUAACAAAUAUUGAAAACAGUGGAGGGGUUGCUGCUCAGAAGGUAAAUACCAUGAUAGUGGGUCCAGAGUUCCAGCAUACUUCUCCAGUCCAGAAACUUGGUCAGAAUAGGUCUUUGCCAAGAGGCAAUAGCUUCAUCGAUUUCAAAUGUAGGUCUUGAGCACAACAAGUAGUACAUAGAACUUGGUUG